CAACUCAAAGCUUCUUUUGGGGGUGUUCCCAUUCUUAUUACAGUGUGAUCACGUUGAUAAACAGCAAACAUGGCUGCCGGGUACAAUUGGUUCCUGGUACUGGGGUCUGUGUUUUUGUGUAACCUCGUGAAAACACUAUUGCCGAGCUUUUCCUCUUUUCUAUCAAGGGUGGUGCAGAAGGAUGCCGAACAGGAGAUGGAGAUGCGCACACAGAUCCAGGAAAUGAAGAAGGAGCUCUCGUCCAUCAGCAUGAUGGAUGAGUUUGCCAGGUAUGCGCGUUUAGAGCGCAAGAUCAACAAGAUGACGAACAUGUUGAAGACCCAUGUGAAGUCAAGAACUGCUCAUCAAGCAAAAAUGAAGUGGAUUGUGAACAUAGUCUUCUACAUACUUCAGGCUGUGCUCAUGAUCUCACUCAUCUGGAAGUAUUACGCCGACCCGGUUACCGUGGUGCCCAGUAAGUGGAUCGCCCCGCUGGAGCGAUUGGUGGCGUUCCCUUCAGGAGUGGCAGGUGGUGUCGGGAUUACCUGCUGGUUAGUGGUGUGUAACAAGGUGGUUGCUAUUGGAUUGCAUGCAGUUAGCUAAGCAUGCUCAGUUCAUCCUAUGUUUACGCCCAAAGCUUUGGAAAACACAAAGCAGCAGUGUUUUUAUUUAAACGUUUUUGCGAUCUGCAUACAGUCCGUUACUUUGUUCCAUGAUAUAGUGUGAAUAAAACACAGUUCUGUUGUUUCAGGGUUUUAAUAUAAUGGAUAUCUCAAAAAAUAUAGCAAGGUCAAAAACAUAAUAUUGGCUUUGAGUGUUACUUUGCGUUGCUACUUGCAGCUGUUGGAGGUAAUGUUCCGACAUUCGAGUUGAGAAAUUUCAUAUCCACAUUUCACAUUGUGUGAAAUUAACUGAUGGAUUUCAAAGAUCAAGAUCACAUACAACUUUUUUGUUUACUACAAGGAAUAAUUUUAAGUCACUUGAAUGUAGGUGUUAUAUUUUACUUGUGUCAUUGUCAGUAUUUUUUGUUUUUAUUUAUUUAUUUGGGAACAAAACACUGUGAUGUUUUAAUUGUUGCAGUGGUUAUGUGGGUCUUUUUGUUGACCAACAAUUGUUGAGUAAGAUGAGUUCUGAUGAUUGAUUUGAGACUUUAAAGAUGAAUUCAAUAAACAUUUUGUCAAAUUGC